GUCUGCCCAGCAGCAUCAAACACACCUGGACUCCAUAGUUAUGUUGCUGGAGGAGGACAUCGUCACUUUAAGAAGUUCUGCUGGAGUUUGUAAACGUAAACUCAAAUCUAACCUAAACAAGAAGUUCCAGUGUGUCUUUGAGGGGAUUGCUAAAGCAGGAAAUCCAACCCUUCUUAAUGAGAUGUUCACAGAGAUCUACAUCACAGAGGAAGGGACUGUAGAGGUCAAUGAUGAACAUGAGGUCAGACAGAUUGAAACUGCAUCCAGGAAACCAGACAGACCAGAAACAACAAUCAGACGAGAAGACAUCUUUAAAGCCCCACCUGGAAGAGAUGAACCAAUCAGAACAGUGAUGACAAAGGGAGUGGCUGGCAUCGGGAAAACAGUCUUAACACAGAAGUUCACUCUGGACUGGGCUGAAGGCAAAGCCAACCAGGACAUCCAGUUCACAUUUCCAUUCACCUUCAGAGAGCUGAAUGUGCUGAAAGAGAGAAAGUACAGCUUGGUGGAACUUGUUGAUUACUUCUUUAGUGAAACCAAGGACGCAGGAAUCUGCAGGUUUGAAGAGUUCCCUGUUGUGUUCAUCUUUGACGGUCUGGAUGAGUGUCGAUUUCCUCUGGACUUCCUCAACACUAAAAUCCUGACUGAUGUUACAAAGUCCACCUCAGUGGAUGUGCUGCUGACAAACCUCAUCAGAGGGAAUCUGCUUCCCUCUGCUCGCCUCUGGAUAACCACACGACCUGCAGCAGCCAAUCAGAUCCCUCCUGAGUGUGUUGAUAUGGUGACAGAGGUGAGAGGGUUCACCGACCCACAGAAGGAAGAGUACUUCAGGAAGAGAUUCAGAGAUGAGGAGCAGGCCAGCAGAAUCAUCUCCCACAUCAAGACAUCACGAAGCCUCCACAUCAUGUGCCACAUCCCAGUCUUCUGCUGGAUCACUGCUACAGUUCUGGAGGAUGUGUUGAAGACCAGAGAGGGAGGGGAGCUGCCCAAGACCCUGACUGAGAUGUACAUCCACUUCCUGGUGGUUCAGUCCAAAGUGAAGAACAUCAAGUAUGAUGGAGGAGCUGAGACAGAUCCACACUAGAGUCCAGAGAGCAGGAAGAUGAUCCAGUCUCUGGGAAAACUGGCUUUUGAGCAGCUGCAGAAAGGCAACCUGAUCUUCUAUGAAUCAGACCUGACAGAGUGUGGCAUCGAUAUCACAGCAGCCUCAGUGUACUCAGGAGUGUUCACACAGAUCUUUAAAGAGGAGAGAGGACUGUACCAGGACAAGGUGUUCUGCUUCAUCCAUCUGAGUGUUCAGGAGUUUCUGGCUGCUCUUCAUGUCCACUUGACAUUCACUAACUCUGGAGUCAACCUGCUACCAAUCAGAAUCUCCUACGAGGCCUGA